AUGACCAAAGGAUUCGAUUCUUUCCAAAACUGGGACACACAAUGGACACUAAUAAUGUUUGCCAUCAGUGUGUUGUAUGCAAUGAAAUUUUUCAACAAUAUGACGAUUUUGAAAAACACUAUAAAAUACAUAUCAUUAUCAAAGAUGAGGAAACUGAAGAUGUUGAAACAUUGCAUCAGUGUAAUUUAUGUGAUGAAGAAUUUAAAUUAGAAACUGAUUUAGAGAAACACUGUGAAGUUGAUCAUACAGAAGUACUUGUUGAUGUUAAAGUUGAGCAGACCAAUAAUGUUGAAGAUGAGGAGUCUGAAGAAGGAGAUCUGGAAGAACAUAUUCUAGAUGUUGAUAAUAUCAGUCUUGGUAGUAACUUUUCUGAUGUUUCUAGUGGAGAAGAAGAGGAGGAGGACCCUGAUGGAACAAUAGUCGAGAAUGAUCAACAUGGCCUUCCAUCUUCAUCCAACUUUAUUUGGAAAACAACUCUAAAUUCAGUGAUGUCUCCAUCGUUUCUAGGACCACUGCCUGGGCCAACAGGAGUUUUGGAAGAGAAGAAGAAUGAGUUUGAUUAUUUUAGUUUGUUUUUUGGAUCAAAUCUUUACACGAUCAUUGCUGAUGAAACAAAUCGUUGCCACGCUGUCAAACAUCCAAAUGGGGAGAAAAAAUGGCGAAACGUGACAGCUGAAGAAGUAAAAGCAUUUUUGGGCCUUCGUGUUUUUAUGAGUGUCUCAACACUGCCCAGAACAGGCAUGUACUGGUCCCGGGAAUACUAUUUUGGUAAUUACAAAAUAGCCGAUAUAAUGACCCGGGACCGCUAUAAUAAGAUAUCUGAACAUUUGCAUAUAAAUGACAAAUCGACAAACCCAGCCAGAGGUGAAAUAAACCAUGAUAAACUCCAUCAAGUUAGACCCGUUUUAGAUCAUGUUUUGGACAAUUGUUCAAAACGCUAUAACCCACAUCAAAACACAUCUAUUGCUGAAGCUAUGGUGGCAUUCCGUGGAAGGAUCGGCUUCAAACAAUUUACGCCUUCGAAACUCGUCAAACAUGGAAUAAAAGUGUGGAUGCGGGCAGAUCCAACCAAUGGCUACGUCAACGAGUUCCAAGUGUACACCGGUAGAGAAAAACAGACUUCAGAAAUUGGUCUUUCGUCUCGUGUGGUUUUAGAUUUGACCAGAAAAGUUCAGUUUCAAAACAUGAUUGUAAAUGUUGACGAUCAUUUUACCUGUGCUGAAUUAUUUAGUGAACUAGAAAAAGUGGGUAUAUUCGCCCGUGGAAUGUGCAAGAAUACCAGAAAGAAUUGGCCUAAAGGUCUGAAACAGAACCACAAAGACGUAAAAAACUGGGCAAGUGGCGAAUAUAAAAUUGUGCAAUCCACAAAUCUCACGGCCGGCAUGUGGAAAGACAGGAAGAUAAUCAACUUUAUGUCAACUGCUGAUUCUCCAUUAGAGACAGUGGACGUGUUGCGAAAACAGAAAGACAGUACACCUUCAGAUGGCGUGGACGUGUCACAAAAACAAAAAAAUGGUACAGCUUCAGAAAAUGUGGACUUGUUGCGAAAAGAAAAAGGUAGUGCACUUUCAGAGAGUGUGGACGUGUCACGAAAACCAAAAAAUGGUACAGCUUCAGAGACUGUGGACUUGUUGCAAAAGCAAAACGGCAGUAUACCUUUAGAGACCAUGGUUGUGUCACGAAAGCAAAAAGACAUUGCAGUAAAAGGUAUGAAGUGUCCUGUCGCGAUCAGCAAGUAUUUUUCUAACAUGUCAGGAGUAGAUCGAUCAGACCAGCUACGGAUGGAAUACCCGACCUACAGGAUGUCCAAAAAAUGGUGGCUAUAUCUGUUUUAUUUUUUGUUUGAUCUUUGUAUAGCCAAUGCUUUUAUUUUAUUCAAAGAAUCGAAAAACCAAUCGAAAAAAUCGAAAAACAGUCCACCGAUAUUACUAGAAUUUAAAAUGAACUUAUUCAAAAAAAUGAUAGGAAACGAGAGAAAUGGACGAAAACGAAAACGUUGUGAUUUUGGUUCCGAUCUACCCACAACAACUGGUAGACAUUUUCCAAUGAAAGCGACCAAAAAAGCUAGAUGCAGACAGUGUAUGAAAUCAAAAAAACGUGCCGAAUCAUUGUAUCAGUGUGAUAAUUGUUUCGUACAUCUGUGCGUUUUGUGUUUUAGAGCAUACCAUGAAUCAGAAUAACUUUAGUACAGAUCGAAUAUCGUGUAGGUUUGAUGAAACCCUGAUUUAACAUUAGUACAUGUAUUUUGCAUGUAUAGGAAUAAGGGGUCUUUAGCAGAGUCAGUGAUGUCAAUCAAAAAAAAAAAUCUGUCGAAUCAUUGUGAUAAUUGUUUGGUGCAUCUGUGCGUUACAUGUCUAGGAGCGUACAGAAAGAACAUCGCAUAGGUUUAAUGAAACAUGUUUUAACGUGUAGCUUGCACGUUUAGGGGUCUCGGACACUUAACAGUUUCAAGUUCAAGUGGAGAAUCAAAAUCACAUCACUUGAUUCGAUGACAGACCUAAAAAUCGAACACAUACACUGAUAAAAAGCCUAUUGAAUUUCAACAUUUUCUGUCAUGGCCUUUGUUUUACUUUGUAGUACCUUGUUAACGCUUGAAAGACAAAAGUUAUCGUUAGAUCUGCAUUAAAUUUAUGGAGUCUCAACAAUUUCUGUUAAUUACAUUUACUUAUGGAGUUGUGGCCCUUGAUUCACUUUGUAGAACCUUGUGAAUGGUCUAACAACAAUUUUCAUCUGAUAUGUAUGCAAUUUAUAUGCAGUAUGCAAUUUAAAAAAACAAAGAUGAGAUUUGAAUUCCAGCAAUUUCAGUUAAUGACAUCUGGAGUUGUGGCCCUUGAUUCACUAUGUUGAAGUUAUCAUCCCAUUUGAAUUAUAUGAAUUAGUAAAACGAGAGAGAAAGAGAGUGAGACUCCAUGAGGUUGGACAGGCGACCCUACUCCUUGUCACGUACAACCGGGGAAUCAAAACCACGCCAGUUGACUUAGUGACAAACCUUAUGAUACAGCGUGCACGUGCUAACCAUUCAGCCAUCCAACCCCAAUAGUAAAACGAAGAAUCCUAUCAAAUUUCAACAAUUUUCGUUAAUUGCUUCUAGAUUUAUAGCCUUUGUUCAUUUUGUAGUGGCGGGGUUGGAUGGCCGAAUGGUUAGCACGCUCCCACUGUAUCAUACGGUCUGUCAUUGAGUCAACUGGCGGGGUUUCGAUUCCCCAGUUGUAUGUGACAAGGAGUAGAGUCGCCUGUCCAACCUUGUGGGUUUUCUCCGGGUCCUCUGGUUUCCUCCCACUGCUAAAGACCCCUACGCACAAGCGAAUGAUUGAAAUAAAAUUGAACCAUAUGUUGGUCUCGAAAUGACCUAGUUUGUGUUGAGUGGACUUUAAACCCCAUUUCUCUCUCUCUCUCAUUUUGUAGUAUAUUAUUUGAAAUUGGAAUCAGUUUCUUGUAAAUGCUCCCAUUAUCCACAAGAGAAAAAAUAGUGGACAUAUGUUUCGGUUCCUGGCAACCCAUCUUUAAAUUAAUUUAAUCAGAUUAGCAAUGGAUGUAAUAAGCUACAAUUACCUUUUUCUUUAUGACUACAAUAUAUAUAGUAUACAUGUAUAUAUAAACAGGAGCUGCCAUGCAAUAAACGCUCACAUUUUACAUGAGAUGAACAUACACAAUGUAGAACCACCUGUUUUGUGUACUACAUGUAUAACAUAAAAUUAUGAGAUACUUGAAGGUCAUUAGAAUUGACUAUUUGGUUUGAUGAUUCCCUGCUUGUACGUGGCAAGAAGUAGGGUAACCUGUCCAAAUUUACUUCCUUGAAACUAAACUUGGAGGGUUGUGAUAGUUGGAAAUAUUGAUAUUUGCAAUAAAAUGUAAUUGACAAGUUUUUGGACUGUAAUUGAAGAUACAUUAUGGGAGAUUAGAUAAAGAGCUUGCAGUUCUCACUAUAAUAGUUAAAAACUAGAUAAUGUAAAGGGAAUUUGCUGAAAAUUUCAGUCAAAUCGAUCCACCCCGAACCAAGAAUUUAGCGAUUGAAUUAUAGACGUAGCCUCGAUCAUCAUUACUAAAGUCGGUAGGAUAAAAAACAUAGUCUCGAUUAUCCACUUUUUGAUUUAUUCAGCAACAGCAGACCGGGUUCUAAUCCAGUAAAUAUCGUAGACUAGCAAUGCCAUCGAGAGUUGAUUAUGGUCUGGAUAGUUAAUAAUUUAGAUAACAUUUUAGGCCUAAAGAAAGACCUGCAAUUGGCAGAUUUAGCUCUUGCAUAAAGUAUGUUUAAUUACAUUUCCAUUACUCAUUACUUUUUAAAUCUUCCAUCACACGGACCCUUAAUUCAAAAAAUCUAAUGAUUACAUUCUAUUACACAUUACCCAAGCCCUGUAAUCCUCAUUAUUAUUAUAAUAUUGUGGAUAUUAUCAGUGUUGGAUUUAGGACAAAUAAGGCCCUGUGCUAGUUCAGUUAUGAGGCCCCUUACUUGGACCCUGAAGGAGGUACAUGUAGGCUUGGCAUGUCUACACAGGCAAUCUGGCAUAGGCCUACUUACUCAGACAAUUUAGGAGUAGUUAAAAUAUUACCUGUUACCUGAUCAAUCAUUAUUUUCAACAUGUUUUAGGAAAAUUUUUGAAUUAAUUGGAAGAAAGAUGCCCCACACCCCUCCCCCAACCCCACUAAUUAAUUAUUUUUGUAAACAAAACACAACAUUGAUAAACUUGUAAUAUGGCUGUUGUUUGGGUUUUUUUUGUACA